GUCUCUUGCAGUCUGUUAUUUAUUGAACAACAACUUCAGCCCAGACCUGUGCAAUGAAGAUGGAUUAACUGCACUGCAUCAGAUGGCUGCUGGGUUUUCCGGAGACCAUCUGGAUGCCUAUUUUCUAGGCACUGAGGAGUGCUGCAUAGACAACUAUGAAGAGGUCGUUAAGCUUCUUCUGAACCAUGGUGCCAAUGUCAACGCAAAGGACAAUGAGCUGUGGACUCCUCUGCAUGCGGCAGCAACAUGUGGACACAUCAACCUGGUGAAGAUCCUGAUUCAGCAUGGAGCAGACCUGCUAGCGGUGAAUGCAGAUGGGAACAUGCCAUAUGACCUGUGUGAAGACGAACCAACUCUAGACGUCAUUGAGACCUGCAUGGCAUACCAGGGAAUAACACAGGAGAAAAUCAAUGAGACGCGAGCUGCGCCAGAACAGGCAAUGGUUGAUGAUAUUACAGAGAUGAUAGCAACAGGGCAAGAUCUGAACGGGACCGAUGCACAAGGUGCUACGCUGUUGCAUAUAGCUGCAGCCAAUGGCUACCUGCACGCAGCAGAGAUUCUUCUGGACCAUGGAGCAAGGCUGGACCUCAAGGACUGGGAUGGCUGGGAGCCCCUCCAUGCUGCUGCCUUCUGGGGACACAUGCAUAUGGCAGAGCUGUUGGUGUCUCACGGCGCAAGCUUGAGCGCCCGAACCACCAUGGAUGAGAUGCCAAUAGACCUCUGUGAAGAAGAAGAGUUUAAGGUUCUGCUCUUGGAGCUGAAGCAUAAGCACGAUGUCAUCAUGAAGUCUCAGAUGAGGCACAAGUCCUCCUUGAGCAGAAGAACCUCCAGCACUGGAAGCAGAGGGAAAGUGGUACGGAGGGCAAGCCUUUCUGACCGAACCAACCUUUACAGAAAGGAGUAUGAGAAGGAGGCCAUCAUCUGGCAGCAAAUAGAAUCUUCAGAAGAGCAGAGGACCUCUGGCUACAACGGUGACAUCAGGGAGUCUUGCUCCAACCAAGAGAACACAGAUCCAAACUCUCCAGCAGAUUCACCCACAGUCCUUCCGGAG